GUCUGUCGUCUGUCGAUGAGAAAUUAACAAAAACCCACAGCCCAAAAAAUCAUACAGACUAGACAAGUAAACAAAUGGAAAUUUAAGGGUUUGACGUUGAAGAAAGUGCACAGAGCCACCCAUUAUCAUUUAGCUUGCUCUAGCUUGGAAAUGUCUGUCCUAGCGCGCUCCAUCUUUAGCAGACCCAUCUGUCAAAAAGUGGUUCGAUACAGUGCAUCAUGCUUAUCGAAGAGGUUAAAAUACUCUGAGAGAAUCGUGAAAUUCGUGUCGCAAUAUAGUUCAAGUGCUACAAGCCCUAAUGUGGCUACCCAUGAAUUGGAGACUGUAGAGGAAAAUGAAGUACUGGAGCGGGGAGAGUUACGUUACUAUCAUGCUGUCAUGGAAAGAUCCCCGUUGUUCAAGCCCACUAUUUUUACUGCCCAAGAUCUGCUAUCAGUUUUAAAAGAGGCUCCUCCUGAUAUCUCCUCCUUUCUUGUAAAGACGGACUGGUCUGCAGACACAGCUCCUGAUGUGUUGGAAGCGUUCCGCUCAGUGGCAGCGUAUUCCAUUCAAAAUGGAAUGAGCAUUGUUGAUCCAAAGUUUCAGUCCAUUUGUGUAGCAAUUUCAAGUCAUCUGAGCAAGUUUUCAGAUGAAGAGUUGCUUGAAUUGGGAAAAUGGAUCAUCAAUUGGAGUACUACAACACUUGGUUCCAGUGUGCCACACUACAGAGACUUAAUUAAAGCUUUAAAUGAUUCAUGGGUCAUGAGAUAUGGGAAUUGGACGAAGUCCAGAGAUUUAACAAACAUACUGAAAGCUGCCGAUAUUACUUACUGGAUAAGAAAUGGAAGUCGUAAUUAUUUGAGAUGUGCGAUUUUUCACUCGGCCAUGAGAUCAGCAAAAGAGCCACAUCACGUGCUUCAACUGGUGUUUUAUCUCGCACUGUUAAAGCCCUUGCCAUCCAGUUACAAAUGUUAUGAUCUUGAAAAAAAGAUUUUUUCAUUCAGAAAAAGUUAUUCAGUUGCAGAACUGCUUGUUUUUCUCAACUCUAUUUUUAGGUCAAAAUCUCUAUUGCAAUACCAUCCAUUGUUGGAGCAUAUACUUGUUGAAAGUUUGAAACAGUUUUCCUCGUUGGAUGAUUAUAUGCUUGUAACAGUUAGUAAGAGUUGUGGUGGCGCACCUGAAAGUUUGAAGCCUCUCAUUUCAGUGUUUCAACGGAAAGUCUUGUCAAAGAUAGACAACUUUAGAAUUGAAACAAUUAUCCACCUCUCAUGGAUGUGCUGCUCAAACAAUAUUUUUGAAGAGGACUUUGCUCAGGCUGUGUAUGAAAGGGCAUUGAAGGAUAUUGGCAUGCUUAGGUGGAAGGAACUAUCACGAUUGAUGGUAAUGUUUGUAGAGCAUCCUUCACCAAACAGAGAUCUUAAACACCUAGGAGAAUGUGUCAUUGCAGAAAUGACUGGACGUAAAGAUGUGAAAGAAUGGAUUGGAAGAAAGGUUUAUAUUCUGGGUGCUGUGCUACAUCGAUUUCUCCUAUGUGGCCUUUGUCCCCAAGAUCUCUUAGAUUUGUAUCUUAGCUCAGUAAAUUCAGAAAUUUCAAGUUCAAAAGCUUUAACUGCAAAGGAAGCUUUAGCCCUAGAUGUUCAUUUGGAAGUGUUUCAUCCAGAGUAUAAUGGGAUAAGAUUGAAUUCUGAACUUAGGAAACUAAUUUGUGAGGAACGUUUUUCAUCAAAAUCAAGACAUUUUCAGAAUUCAGAUGGAUCUAUUGGCUUCAGGUCAAAUUUCAACUCUGGACCUGCUAAGAGGAUGUACUCAGAUAUCUUAGCUGUAGCUGGAUCUGUGAAAGAUCAUGUUCAUUUCAAGCAAUUGGUUCCAAGUUUUGGGUAUUUAGACUACUUGCUUCGUCUCAAUAAAGAUGGCACUUACUUGCCUAUUCCUACAGAGAUCACAGAAUGUGAACCGUGGAAGCUGCCGCUUAUACCUAUUGAGCACCUAGAAAAUGGUGAUAAGUUUGUUGCAAUGACAUUCUUUUCUAGCCAAAAAGAAUUUGAGAGAAGAAAAAUAGCCAGUCUCCAAAAAGAGAAGACAGAGAUAUUAAAAAGAUUAGGAUAUAUUCAUAUAGAGGUUGCUACAGAAAAUUGGUUUGAUGCAACUCCUGAAUUUAGACAACGUGGUCUGAAGGACAUAAUUGCAAAUAAACUGUCUGAAAGUAAUGCACCAUAAACAUCACAACGUAUUUCCUUUCCACUGCAUUUGUAAUUAAUGUGUGUAAAAUUGUGAAUUAAAAAGAAAAACCACCUACAAUGUAA